AAGAAGCCAAAGGAGGGCAAGAAGACCGAAAAGGAUAGGAAAGCGGACAAGCUCACCAUCUCCAAGGAUACCCUUGCGGUGCCGAACAUCACAGAAAUCCUCGCGAGGUUCUUCGCCCAGUGUAAGAAGAUGUCAUUUCUGGAAACGACGCAGCAUCGCACAUCAGAAGCAGACAGCCUCAUGAGGCCUCCGAGCACCGUCGCCUUCAAUCAGAUCGUCGUCAGCAAAAUCACUUUCGGUGCAAGUGGAAUGGAAGUGAGUUCGAAGUUGCAGCACGCAGCGAUGGCCUUCUGUGUGAAGAAGGAAAAGGAUGUACAGCUGUGGAUGUCCCCUGUCCAUGCCAGCGGCACGCGAGUGGGCAAGAUUCAAAAUGCGUGCAAUGAGGCUGUGGUGUUUGACCCGCGAGUGCCGCGCACCUUCAUUGUGGGGAAUGGUGCCGGCAAGGCCCCGAAGGAGCCGAUCUUCGCGUUGACCGCCGUUUUCUUGAAGGGCGAAGUGGUCGAGGAUGGACAGGCCAAGCUGGCGAAGCUUGGCUUCCAGUGCACGGGAGCUAAAAAGCUAGCGAGCCUUCCCUUCGGUUUGGCCGAGCCGAAGGCACGCGUCAAGCUGAGUUCGAAGCUGUUUAAGGAGCA